GGAGGGAGGGGGGGAGCGCGCGAGAGAGUGGCUGAGUGAGUUUACCCUUAUGAGGCGGUGAGAGGCCCGGGGCCUACUUCAAAGGAGCGGGGUCGCGGCGCUAGCUAGCAGCGGGCCCCCUCCUGGUCCCCGGGCCCGGCAGUGCGGCGGCGGCUCGGUUGUGAGGAGGUGGGGAAGCGGGUGUCCGGCCCUAGACAUGGAGGGCAUGGACGUGGACCUGGACCCCGAGCUGAUGCAGAAGUUCAGCUGUCUGGGCACCACCGACAAGGACGUGCUCAUAUCCGAGUUCCAGCGGCUGCUCGGCUUCCAGCUCAACCCGGCUGGCUGCGCCUUCUUCCUGGACAUGACCAACUGGAACCUACAAGCAGCAAUUGGCGCCUAUUAUGACUUCGAGAGCCCAAACAUCAGUAUGCCUUCUAUGUCUUUUGUUGAAGAUGUCACCAUAGGAGAAGGGGAGUCAAUACCUCCUGAUACUCAGUUUAUAAAAACAUGGCGGAUCCAGAAUUCUGGAGCAGAGGCCUGGCCUCCAGGGGUUUGUCUUAAAUAUGUCGGGGGAGACCAGUUUGGACACGUGAAUAUGGUGAUGGUGAGAUCGCUAGAGCCCCAAGAGAUUGCAGAUGUCAGCGUCCAGAUGUGCAGCCCUAGCAGAGCAGGAAUGUAUCAGGGACAGUGGCGGAUGUGCACUGCUACAGGACUCUACUAUGGAGAUGUCAUCUGGGUGAUUCUCAGUGUGGAGGUGGGUGGACUUUUAGGAGUAACGCAGCAGCUGUCAUCUUUUGAAACGGAGUUCAACACACAGCCACAUCGCAAGGUAGAAGGAAACUUCAACCCGUUUGCCUCUCCCCAAAAGAACCGACAAUCAGAUGAAAACAACUUAAAAGACCCUGGGGGUUCUGAGUUCGACUCGAUCAGCAAAAACACAUGGGCUCCUGCUCCUGACCAAACCGAGCAAGAUGAGAAUAGACUUUCACAGAACUCUGUAAAUCUGUCCCCCAGCAGUCACGCAAACAACUUAUCAGUAGUGACUUACAGUAAGGGGCUCCAUGGGCCUUACCCCUUCGGCCAAUCUUAAACGGGUGUCAGCAAGAAGAAAAACUAACAAAAGACAGAAGGUUGACUUUGGUGGCGGGCGGGCAAGGGGUUCCUCUGGAUUGUAGACCACAUCGCACGGACCUCUGGCUCUGAUCGUCCAUCCUGGAAGAAGAGGAAGAAGCAGAACAGACUAGUUUUGAGUAAACUCAGUGUGCAUGUGUGAAUGCUGAAUCGCUGGAGUGGUGUUGAGGCUACCAAGAAGAAAUCCAUGCAGCCACCUUGGGUUUUGUUUAUUAGGCGUCAGUCUAACAAGUAUUUAGGCCACUCGGGAAGGGGAAAAAAGCCAUCUUUUUGAACAAAAAUUAUUUUGCCUACAGACAGGUUGUAGUUUUGAGCACAUGUUAAUUUCCCCCCCUCUUUCUACACUUCUAUUUUUUUAGAUAAAGGAUAACAUACUCUUUGUAGAAUAGCCGCUUGCUCCGGGAGUUCAGGUUCAGAGCCGGUGUGGUGUUGGGGGCUCGUGGGCAGUGCUUCAGGAGGCAUCUGCCACGCCGCGUGAUCCAGAGUCUGAUGGCAUCAGCCAGUGAGCUAUUGCCCCUUUCCUCUUCUUUUCUCUUCCAUCUUCUGUUGAUUUACACCUUUGACAUCUGUAAUUGUCAGAACCUCUCUAAAGACCAAACUUCCCUGUGUGGCCAGCAGAGGAAGCCUGAGGACAGGCCUCAGAUGAUGCGGGAGUUUCGAAGGCUGAGAGGUGUCCUUCUGCACACACUUGUCACAGUUCAGACUGCUUUUCUCCCGUGUUUCCCGUGGCAGAAAUGUCAUCGUGCUUACUGCUGUUUGGAUUCUGCAUCCACAGUGGCCCCCAGUCACUCUGGGAGCAGUGCCUCUGUGCCGCAUAUAUGUGCGUGCCACAUGCACACUCACGGAUGUUGGUGCAGCUCACCAGCAAGUGUGAAGUAAAGGUCCCAUGCUUCUCUGUUGUCACACAACCCCCUUCCCUGUGUUUCCUCUCACUGUCUUUUGUGGUGUUUUCAUAGCCUGUUAGUGGAGGCUGAGCUGUUAAGGUAUGAAAAUACAGCCACAAUCGGGGAACUUGCCAUGGGGAAGGGCCAGAGUUAUUGACUCUGUGAUCUUGGAGACCACACUUGGGUGGAAAUGAGAGGACCCUCGUCCUGAGCAGGAUGCGUGGUUAUCGGGAGGUGGUGGGCAACAGGCAGCCCAGCCAGAGCAGAGGCUGGCUGGCUGGUUGCUCGCUUGGGCGGGAAGCCCCACUGGCUUCCUGUGGAUACUGAGCAGGUUGAGAUGUGGGUAUCUCCAUAGGGAGCUCGAACCAGGCUAGAACAGCUGUCUGCCAAAGAUACAAGAAUAUGCAAAGUCCCUCUUCUCUUCUCACCCCCCUCCUUCCCUCAAGUGUUGGUUGGUUUGGAAGCCAGGGGUAUGGAUCUAGGAUGUAGGGCUCAGUUGCCUGUCUGUUACCACACCCCAGCCCACCCUGGGGGUGUGAGUCAAGGAGGGAGACCAGGUGAUGAGUGGCUGCAAGGGGUCGUAUAGCCUGGGUGCGGGUGAGGGUCUGCCUGCCUGUCUGUCUCUGUUUGGGUGUGUGAGUUCAAAAAAUGUGUGUUGUUUGUUCCUCCUCAUCCUCUUCUGAGACUGUUUUUUAAAAGCUUGAUUGUGAGCGAUAAGCUUGUAUGAAAUAAACCCUUUUGCCUUCCCUCCUCCCCCAGAAAUAAAAGAGGGGAUAUAUUUUGGUCCACUGGAGAAGCCCCCGGGGGGGGGGGGGGAGUGGAGCCAGCCUGCAGAGCGGGGCAGUACAGCUAGGUCUGGGGCUGGACCAGGGCUCACACUGGGGUGCCCACUUUUUAUGCACAUGGAGAGUACCCCAUUUCUGAGCAGAGCAGAGGGGUGUCCCUGUCAGGUGCCCAAGCCAGGGGCUCAUGAUAACUUUUUGGCUGAGGACCCUGUUAGGCCCAGACUGCCACUUCUGUUGGUGCCAACUUCCUGGGACACCGCCUCCCUGGAGCCCGCCCAUGCCUAGCAUUCUCCUCGUUUGAUAGUCCUCGGAGUGGCAUGUCUCUAGGUGCCCCGUGCAAGUUGCCUCUUCACCGUUUCCCGGGAGGAGCUGCCUGCCGCUGUUCAGCAGAGACCUGCUGCUUUCGCUUGUAGGCACCCUGACCUGGCAAGGUGACUGUCCCAGUCAUGCUGCCUUCCCUCCCGAGAACAAACUAUUUCCAUACACAUCCUUGCAGAGGGCCAGAGCAAGUGCAAGCCAUGGAGUAGGGGCAGGAGUCCAUGGCUCCCCUGGACCAGGGGUUAGCUGUACCAUUCAUUCUGCCUCCACUCACUGGUGUGAGCCUUCCUCACUGAUAGUGGGGUGGUACAGGCUACCUUCUCAGCCCCAGUAGCUUCUGCUCUUCACCGAACAGCUGCUGUCUGUGGGCAGGAACACCAGUGUCAGACCCACGAGGUGAGGUAGGCACCACCCUUAGGGGAUGUGGGAAGUCCAAUGUGGGAGGUGGAGGGGCUCCAGCUCGGGAAGAGCCCGUCUGUGUGCAUGGGGUGAGGUGUGUGGAUGUGUGUGCACACGUGCAUGCCCUUUUUUUUUUUUGUCAUGGGGACAGUUGAAUUCAGGGCAUUUUUCUGCAAGAGACAGAUUUCUCUCCCUUUAUAAGGACUGGCUAUAACCUGAAACCCAUCUAAGGCACUUCCAACCUAGAAAGAACCUAAGCAAGACAGCCGGUGUGGCUGGAGGGUGACCGGGUGGGGAAUGGGCAUGAGAAUAAACAGCUCCCAAGUCCAAUCCGAGCCCCCUCAGGAGAGGAUGGUGGGGUUGCCGGGGCUCAGAAAAGCACUCGAUCGCCCACCCCGCCCUGCCUUGCCUUGUCUUUGUGUCCUUGGGUGAAGGCUGGAGCAGCAGUGGCUGCCCCCCCGACGGGUGUAUAGUAAGCAAGCUGGGUGGGUGUUUGUGGUGGGGCCUCGUGGUGCCUGGGAGGAGAUGAAGAUGAGGAGGUUUUUCCUUACUGUAUAAAUGAAUAUUUGUAUGAUUAAAUUAACACACACCAAAAACAA